AGAUUUGAUAUAAGAAUAGGAAAUAAGGCCAGAGUGCAAGCUUGUGUGAUUGGGAAGAUGACAGUACUGUUUAUUUCAGUAAUGAAGUAAAAACAAAAAAACUGAGAAUAGUAAUAGUGCUUGACAGGUUAUAUUUCUAGUGUUGGAGUGAUAUCCUAAAAAAACGUAAGAGCAGGGUGUGAAAGUGAGGAGAGGUGUAAUAACAAUGAUAACAGUUCAUGGUUUGUCAGUGUUUCGGAGAAUACCCAGUUUUUGUGAAGGGACUCAAUAAAGAUUUUACAAUAAGCAACACCAUAUUUUGGUUCUGAUUCUGUUAGGUGCUUCAGAAUCUACCAAAAUAUCUAGAGUUAAUUCUUUUUCUUGCCAGGUAACACCUCAGCAAGGUUCUUUUGUUUUUUCAUGAUAUUAAUACUGUUCUAUUUCAUUUAAACCUUAAACCAUGAGACGAGAUGCCCAUUGGAAGAGAUGCAGAGGCCGGUCUGCCACAGGUAAUGAUUUUACAUGACUUUGGAACUGGUCUCUAGUGGGACGCUGUGGGAGGAUGAACACAGAAGAGCUAGAAUUACUGAGUGACUCCAAAUACAGAAACUAUGUAGCUGCAAUUGACAAAGCUCUAAAGAAUUUUGAAUAUUCCAGUGAAUGGGCAGAUUUGAUAUCAGCACUUGGAAAACUUAAUAAGGUUUUACAAAAUAAUGCAAAGUACCAAGUAGUACCCAAAAAGCUGACCAUAGGCAAGCGCCUAGCUCAAUGCCUACAUCCAGCAUUACCAGGUGGAGUUCAUCGAAAGGCACUUGAAACAUAUGAAAUUAUCUUCAAAAUCAUUGGACCUAAGAGACUUGCCAAAGAUCUUUUUUUAUACAGUUCUGGGUUAUUUCCUCUUCUUGCAAAUGCUGCCAUGUCUGUGAAGCCAACAUUGCUAAGUUUGUAUGAGAUCUAUUACCUGCCUUUGGGUAAAACACUGAAGCCUGGUCUACAAGGAUUGCUAACUGGUAUUCUGCCUGGCUUAGAAGAAGGAUCAGAGUACUAUGAGAGAACAAAUACCUUGUUGGAAAAGGUUGCUGCUGCAGUGGACCAGUCAGCCUUCUACAGUGCCCUCUGGGGUAGUCUCCUCACCAGUCCUGCUGUGCGGUUACCAGGAAUCACAUACGUUCUUGCCCAUUUGAACAGGAAGCUUUCCAUGGAAGAUCAACUGUAUAUAAUUGGCAGUGACAUUGAGCUAAUGGUAGAAGCAGUAAGUACUUCGGUGCAGGACUCAAGUGUACUUGUACAGAGAAGCACACUGGACCUCAUACUCUUCUGUUUUCCAUUCCACAUGAGUCAGGCCACUCGACCAGAUAUGAUCAGGAUCUUGUCAGCAGCCCUUCACGUAGUACUGAGGAGGGACAUGUCCCUGAACCGGAGGCUUUAUGCGUGGCUUCUCGGUUUUGAUAACAACGGUGCUAUCAUAGGACCCAGAAGCACGAGACACAGUAAUCCUGAAGAACAUGCCACUUACUAUUUCACUACCUUUUCGAAAGAAUUGUUGGUCCAGGCAAUGGUGGGGAUCUUACAAAUGAAUGGAUUUGGAGAAGAGAGCACUUUAAUGCAGGAUCUAAAACCUUUUCGUAUUUUAAUCAGUUUACUUGACAAACCUGAGCUAGGACCUGUAAUUCUGGAGGAUGUCCUAAUUGAAGUAUUUAGAACAUUAUAUUCUCAGUGCAAAGCAGAAUUGGAUCUUCAGAUGGAACCACCCUUCAGCAAGGAUCAUGCUCAGUUAAGCAGGUGGGUUAUCAAAAACCUAAGCAUUUGGGGCACCUGGGUGGCUCAGUCGUUGGGUGUCUGCCUUCGGCUCAGGCCGUGAUCCCGGGGUUCUGGGAUCGAGCCC